CAACGCCGCUGCUGGGCGUUGGAGGCGCCAUUGGAGCCGGCUUGGCUUUUCGAGCCCCGGCUGAGGAGCCCCGCACAGCUCGGGCCUGCCUGUGCCACCGAGUCUCGUGGUCUAAGUCUCAGACCGCCUCCCCCCGACACCCGCAGCGGGUAUGGCGUGCGGGGCGACCCUGAAGCGACCCAUGGAGUUCGAGGCGGCGCUGCUGAGCCCCGGUUCCCCGAAACGGCGACGCUGCGCCCCUCUGCCCGGGCCCACUCCGGGCCUCCGGCCCCCGGACGCCGAGCCGCCUCCGUUUCCGAUGCAGACCCCGCCGCCCACCCUACCGCAGCCCGCCGCGCCGGGCAGCGAGCGGCGCCUUCCGACUCCGGAGCAAAUUUUUCAGAACAUAAAGCAAGAAUAUAGUCGUUAUCAGAAGUGGAGACAUUUAGAAGUUGUUCUUAAUCAGAGUGAAGCUUGUUCUUCAGAAAGCCAGCCUCACGCCACGGCACUCACAGCACCUAGUUCUCCAGGUUCCUCUUGGAUGAAGAAGGACCAGCCCAACUUUACCCUUCGACAGGUUGGAAUAAUCUGUGAGCGGCUCUUAAAAGACUAUGAAGAUAAAAUCCGGGAGGAGUAUGAGCAGAUCCUCAAUACGAAAUUAGCAGAACAGUAUGAAGCUUUUGUGAAAUUCACACAUGAUCAGAUUAUGCGGCGAUAUGGGACAAGGCCAACAAGCUAUGUAUCCUGAAGCCUUCUUGCCUAUCUGGGUACCAGGUUUGACCUCAAGAGAUGGCUGCUGUACACUUUUUGCAACUGGUUUGAUAUCACAUUUCAGCUCCAACUUUGCAUCCUGAGAAUACUUCAAUGUUUCUGCAGGUCCAUUUUAUACAACUUGAAAGACCUUAAAACUUUCUGGUUGCCACAAGCAUAUCUUUCUUUUCUGCUCAUCCAAUAAACAACUGUGCCCUACUGUGAUAGAUUUUCCAAACAAAAAUACCUGGAGCAGCAGUUUAGCAAAAUAUGCCUUCAGUGGCACUCAAGAAAUGGAGUUUCCCCAAGCACAGUUCUGUAAGAAGUGUGUGUGAGAGUGUGUGUAUAUGUGUGUAUGUGGGUUUUAAGUUAUUAUUUGUAUUGUGCAAAACUUUUUUUUUUUGAUCUUGGGGAUUCUGGCUGUGAAUUUGAUGCACGACAAUUAUGGUUAGAAACAUUUGAUUGGUCUGUAGAAGAUCAUUAAUGUUUUGUGACCAUAUAAGUUGUAACAGUGGAUUGUUUAAUGUGUAGGUAUUAUUGUUAAAUACAGGGACUGUUUCCAGGCACAGAAUAUGAAUCGUAAGUUAGGAGGGACAUUAGAUGUGAUUAUGAUAAUAUAGCGAAGCUCUGCGGUCCUAAAUCUACAAAUAUGUGGUGAAAAAUUAAAAGAAACUGGAGACAGGCCAUCAACACAUGGACUCUGCCUAGCUGUGCUAGAAAUAUACUUUGACUCCAAGCCUUAAAAUACCCUGUGGAGUCUGUGCUCACCUCAUUCACACAAUCAAAGAGAUCCCUGGACACGAACUUCUACAGGGAAAAGGUCUCCCCUGGAGCAGAAAAGAUUGCUCGGGAGCAUAACGAGAGAGCACGGGACGGGGCCAGGCCUCAGCAGCACUGCUAUCUGGGAGGAGCCACUUCAACUUUACAUCGGUUUUAAGAUCGGGAUCCUUUGGUCAGGUCCCCCCAAACUCUAAAGCGUCCAUGCUCAUCUGUUAAAGCCUGGUCUUGGCAACCCCCUGCCCAAAGUUGCUUACAGGCUGUUCUUAGCCUUGGUUCCAAGGCUGUGGAACAGAAAGUAGCCUCUGUUUUGAGGAGGUGGAAGUUACGUAUACAUUUAUUUUUUACUGUGACUUGUUCAGGACCACAUUUUACAAAAUGCCUUGUUUCCUUUACUAUUGUUUUGGAAAGGAAAGUUCUAUUAAAAAUUGUUUUAGUUUGAAUAUAGAAUAGUUUUUAUUAGUUAAGGCUUAUUUUGAAAAUUCUCAAGUUCAAUUCAACUGUAUGCCAACACCUUCCAAAGUAAGGUGACAUUCAGUGACAGUCAUUCUGAUCUGAUGGCCUAAAGAAAUUUCUGGAAUAUUCAAUUUGAAGAUUCCUUAUAAGUGAAUGUCUUUGACUUCAAUCUAACCAAAAACUGCAACAUUAUUCUUUGUACAUUUUCAUUAUAUAGUGUUAACAAGCUUAGUUGCAAAUAAAAUACUUAAGCUAUUUGUUUACCUUGCCUUCUUAAUACUGUAAUAAUGUGUUUAAUUCAAAUAACAAUAUGAGGCUGCUAUAACCAUUUCCCCUUUUCUACAUUGCAUUGAAGAGCUACAUACUUAAGCCCCCCAUCAAUCUUUUAAUAAUUAAAGAAUGAUUUUUACUUCA